GCGGGGCCUGGCCCUGCCCGCGGGGCCGUUCUUGAGGCCAGAGGCGGGUCAGAGAGAAGCGGCCGGUGCGGGCAACGCCUAGGAACCCACAGGCCGCGACUGCAGCCACAGGUGCCGCACGGGGCACCGUGUCCUAGCUCUGGCCAUCAGAGCCCUGGCGGAGGGGGAACUGAGGCUUCCGAGCUGCUCCCAACCCUGGACGUAGAGGCCCCCGGGCCAGAGAGCGGAGCCCUGGGGUCGCCUGAAGCUCGGGGCCACGAGCCCCCUGGGCCAGGCAGCGAAGCCCUGGAGCCUGCUGUACAGCGGGACGCCGAAGUGUCCGGGCCGAGCCGCGAGGUCCCCGUGCCCGCCGCAGAGCAGGGCGUCGAGACCCCGGAGCAAGAGGGCGAAGUCCCCAAGCCGUCAGGCGAGCAGGACGCCGGGCGCGCCGGGCCGUCCACAGCUGCGGGCCUAGUGAGUCUCGAGCCAGGCAGCGACGACCCUGGGCUGUCCGAAGCGCGAAGUGCGGGGGUCCAGGGGCCGUGUCCCCCUCCGGGCCCUGAGACCUCCUCCUCUGGCGGGCCAAGCCCGUUCCAGCCGCCUGCGGAGGAGCUGCCCAUGGAGACUCCCAUCGAGCGCGAAAUCCGCCGCAGCUGCGAACGCGAAGAGAGCCUGCGCCGGAGCCGGGGCCUGAGCCCGGGCCGAGCGAGCCGCGAACUCGUGGAGCUGCGCGUGCGGCCGGUGCUGAGCCUGCCGGGCCCUGGCCCCGCGCCCACGCGCGCCUCGGAGCGCGCGCGGGCGGGCGCGCAGAUGCUGCGAGACAUCGAGCGGGAGGCCCACCGGCAGGCGGCGCUGGCGCGCCGCGCCACCGCGCGCCGGUCGCCGCGGCAGCCGCUGGCCGAGCUCAAGCGCUUCUUCGAGGCCGCCGCGGGGAGCUGCUCCGCGCGGCGGGGGCGGCGGAGGCCGCCGCGGCUGCUGGAGCCCGGGGGCCCGCCGCGCUCGGCGGCGCAGGCCCGGUGCCCGGUGCUGGCCCGCGCCCCGCCGUGCGCGGCUCCGUCGCUGCUGGAGCAGGAGGUGCACGAGGCGCGCGAGCGCGAGCGGGAGCUGCAGCGGCAGCGGCGCAGCGUCUACGGGACCGCCGAGUUCCAGGAGCCUGCGCCGAGCCUCGCCGCGAGCAGGGGCGACGGGAAGUUGGCGGUGAUCUGGCCCCCCCGCAGAAAGGCCUCGGAGAACGGGCUGGAGCAGGAAGCGCGCAAACCUUGAGGGUGGAGCAGGGUGGGACCUGUGGCCGGAAGUACCAGACCCGUCGAGGGGCCGGGAGGCGGGUACCCCGCGGUGCCCCCCUGCAGCAGGUCUGGAUGCGGGUCAGCUCCCGGCGCUGGGGAAGAUGAGAUCGACCAGCCCAACCUUGAUCUUGACUUUAUGAAACUGACCAGCCCUCUCCAUACAACCGCUUCGUCCGCCUUGGGAAACUGACCACCACGCACAGCUCGGCCGGCGAGACCGCCCAGCCCGGCUCCUGCCAACUGCGAGCUGAGCCGCCCUCCCUCCCUGGGCUGUUAGAGGGUCUCAGCCGCCCCCUCCCCCAAUAAAGCCACUUCUUUCAGGGCA